UUCUUUCUUCGUUCCUUCCAGGAACCUGAGACACGGAACAAGUACUUAGGAGAUAACUUGUGUGUCUAAAUAUAUAGCAAAACGAAAAACAAAACCAGCUGCUGGAAAGAAAUCAAAGCGUGUGAGUGAUAUCGUCAUGGGAAAUUGUUUUGGAGCUCCUGCGAAUGACCAUAGUAGCCAGAGCCGAUCCUCAAUAAAGCCUACAAGCCCUGCAGAGACAUGGAAAUCGAACAGCAGUAGUAAUAGCAAACAAAAUGCAUUGGGUGCAAGCGUACUGAGAAGAGGCAAGGCUCAAACGACGAGAGGCUGGGAAAUCGGAAGCGAUAAUAUAACGGAAAACGAAACCAGUACGAGUACGAAUACGAGUAACAGUAUCGGUUCUGCUACUCCUGCACCAACGACUCUUCCGAAUCCAAAUGGAAGGAUCAUAACGCCAAACUUGAAACUGUUCACUCUUGCGGACCUAAAGAAGGUCACCAGGGAUUUCAGACCCGACACGAUGCUGGGAGAGGGAGGCUUUGGACGGGUUUUCAAAGGCUGGGUCGAUGAAAAAACCUAUGCCCCCUCUAGGGUCGGCAUCGGCAUGGCUGUUGCCGUUAAGAAAUCCAAUCCUGACAGCUCUCAAGGCCUUCAUGAGUGGCAGGCUGAAGUAAAAUUUUUAGGGAAAUUUUCUCAUCCCAACCUUGUUAAGCUCCUUGGCUAUUGUUGGGAGGAAAACCAAUUCCUACUUGUUUAUGAAUAUAUGCAGAAAGGAAGCUUGGAAAACCACCUUUUCAGGAGAGGUGCAGAACCUCUUCCAUGGGAAAUAAGGCUAAAAAUAGCAAUCGGAGCUGCUCGAGGUCUGGCUUUCCUGCACACAUCAGAGAAAUCAGUUAUAUACCGAGAUUUCAAGACCUCCAAUAUUUUGCUGGAUGGGGCCUACAGUGCGAAGCUUUCAGAUUUUGGGCUAGCAAAGCUUGGCCCAGUAAAUGGCAAUUCGCAUGUAACAACGCGUAUUAUGGGCACUUAUGGUUACGCGGCCCCUGAAUACGUUGCUACUGGUCAUUUAUACGUCAAGAGUGACGUGUUUGGUUUCGGUGUCGUUUUGCUGGAGCUGCUAACGGGUUUGCGGGCGCUGGACACUAACCGGCCACUAGGUGAGCAAAAUUUGGUUGAGUGGGCCAGGCCUUCUCUUACAGACAAGAAGAAGCUAAAGAAAAUAAUGGACCCAAAGCUAGCGGAUCAGUACCCGAUAAAAGGUGCAAUCCAAGCAGCUGGGCUUAUAAUAAAGUGUCUGGAAUCUGAUCCAAAGAGCAGACCAUCCAUGGAAGAGAUUUUGGAGGGUCUAGAAAAAAUCGAUGCCAUCAAAGAAAAGGAUAAAAAACCUAAGGUGACCCGAAGUAGCGAUACUGCUAGGCACCAAAAUAGGUCUCCAAUCCACCAAAAGCAUGCUGGUAGAUCUCAUCAUCCCUGAUCCACAGCCCCUUCCCUGAGGUGCCACUGCAUCUUGCAAAGUUCUUUUCUAUUUUUUUUUUUUUUUUUAAUGAUUUUUCAUUAGCAAUCAGUACAGAGCUAUAAAUGUAAUGUGUCCAAAUUAUGUUCCUAGAGUCCAAUCUUAUGCCUAAUCGAGGGCUCCCAGUAUUUUGUAUUGUUUUUGGUGAAGGAAAUAGAUUAUUAAAGGGGUGUUUCUUUCCGAUUCAAAUUGAUGUAAAGUACGUUGUCAAAAAAAGAAAAAUCUAUCAAACCAGUCAUGAAGCUCUAAAUCUAAUUAAAUUAAGCA